AUGGCUAAAAGAAAAAAAGAGCACAUAUGUAACUCUUCCGUUUAUAGGAUUCUAAAUACAGUUCUUGUCAUCUUUGUAUUCCUGGUUGUAGAGGUAUAUGUUUAUUUUAGACUCUGGUUGAUUUCCUGGAAGACAUGUAAAAAUGAGAGAGAAAGGAGAAUCAAAUCGUUUGGAUAUCCGAAUGUAAAGACAAGACAACUGGCUAAUAAAAAGAGUUUUGAAUGUCCACGUGUGGAUAUAUGUGACCCAGAUGAAGAGAGUGUAAAUGUAUUUUGUUCAUCUAAUAUGGUUUUAAACAAUGACAAUGAAAAUGCAGUUGAGAACACUUAUGACAUAUCUGAGAUACAAUGUGAGUAUAACAAUUGUUUUAUGAGGAAUAGAAAAAGAAAAGUUAGACGUGCUAUUGAUAAGAAGAGAAAUGGAAAUAGUGUUAGUGAUAUUCCAUCCAUUGAAUGGAAGAGUGAUGGCACAACAACAACUUCUUCUUAUCACAAGAAUUUAGAUAAAGUAAAUGAUGAAAUUGAACCUCGUAAAAAUAGGUUUGUAAAGAAGGGAUUUUUUGAACACAUAAACCCUGAUUAUGAGUUAUCAGAAACUGAAUUUAUUGAAAAAAUUUCGAAUUUAAGUGAUUAUGUAGAUCCAGAAGAAAUGAGUUCUAUUUUUUAUUAUGUGCAUAAAAAUGAAAGGAAGAAAUAUUUUCGAAUGCAAGAAAAUUUAGUAACGCAUUGUGAAAAUUUAUGUCACAAUUAUAACAUAAAUGAUGAUUUAAAAAAUUCUCAGAUGAAAAGAGUAUAUGAUGAAACAACAAAUUUUUUUUUAUUUAAAGAGAAUUUUUUUUUAAAAAGUUUUAGUGAAUUUGUGAGAAUUGGAAAUUAUAACAAAAAGAAAUUUAUAGAUAGCUUAAUUAGUUACAGAAAAAUAUGGAAAGAAUAUAGGAGACUGUUAAAUAAUUUCUGGAGUGCAAAAUUGGCUCAGGAGCUAAAGGAUUAUUGGGAAAAAAAUAAAAAUGAGGUGUUUCAGACAUGCAUACAGUAUACUGAUGUGGAAGAAAACAUGUUAUUAUAA